AUGCCGUCCCGUCAAUUACUCUCCACCCUUCUCACGUCCUUAAGUAGCACCCGCUGGACCCUGACUCGCACCCUCCGAAGCGACAAUCCCCUCGAUCUCAAUGGCGAGCUGCGCGGCACAGCCACCUUCACCGCCCAGCCCUCCCCCGCGGGGGACUGGCUCUACUGCGAAGAGGGCGAAAUGCCCGCCAACAUCGGCAUCCCCAUGCAACCCGGUCUCCGCUGGACCAAGAAAUACAUAUGGCGACUGGGCAACGACAGCGACCGAAUCAGCGUGUGGUUCGUGAAAGUUGCUGCGAGUCCCGAUGAAGCCGAUUAUUUGUUCCAUGACUUUGACUUCGACGUUGACACACUGGUGCCCGAAGAGAAAUCAGACGCGCAGAAGGAUCCCGGCGAGUUCGUGGCUCCGCCAGUGCCACCACCUGUCUUGACUUCGGACGCGGGGAAUCAGACUACGGUGCUUAAUGCGAGAGGCAAUCACCUCUGUAUCAACGAUAUGUAUCGCACCGCUUAUGCGUUCCGGAUCGAGCCUGCCACGGGCCAGGUCUUGAGUUGGGCGAGUCGGCAUGUUGUCAAGGGCCCCAAGAAGGGUCAGGAGAUCAUCAACCGGUACGAGAAGGGUGUUUGA